GCCAAGAAAUAUCUGAAGCCCGAAUAUCAACUUUGGGGAUAGCUUCACCAGCCAUGUCUUACAUCUACAUUCAGCUCCAGCCCGCCAAGAAACAUUAGUUUUGACAACCAACACAAGAAUUCAACGUCCCCUCAAGAUCUUCAAGUCUAAACCACGAACCUAAGAUACAAUAAACUGCCCUCCACACUUAAAAUGCAUCUCCAACCUCCAAGCCUUUUGCUACUCGCGGUCUUCAUCGCAACUGCUUCAACAAAAGCUCUCCCCUGCACCACCACACACAAACCGGAGAAAACCCACACUCACACACCGUCAAAAACCUGCACUCACAGCCACCAAACAAUCAUACCAACCUGCGACCCCGUCUUCACCUGCGGCAAUCCAGUAAUAUGUCCGCCGCAGGACCCUGUCGUCUGUAUUCCAACGGAUCAUAAGUGCAAGAUCGCGACGACUUGUACAUGGUUCGUGAUCUGCGAUAAUGUUGCGACACCUUGUGGCGGGGAUAAUGUUACUGAACUAUGUGUUGAUAAGAGUAUUCCUUGUCGCUCACUGGCGGGAUACGUGCCUUGAAGAUUUUUUUUAUUGUGUAAGGGUGCGCGGAGGGUGGUCGUGGGGAGAUGCGGGUUACUGAAUUUGAGUUUGGCUCGUGGAGUUGUUGGGGAGGUGCUUUGGGAAGUGGAAACGAAAUCAAAGACAUAUGUAUUGAGAGCGGAUUUUAUGGGAAACGGCGUCUUCAAAAAUGGUUCAGUCAG